AUGUCCCUGUGCCCUCGACGUGUGUCCCGGCUGGGGUGGAUACAGGGGUCUUCUAUUGUGCUCGGCCUGGUACCCUAUGUGGUUGAGGAUGCUGCCGUCCUGCGGAGGGUGUUGGUUCGCCCGGCUUGUGACGCCCGUGUCUCUGGGUCGGCCUCCAGAUCUGAUGAUGUGCGGCCAGAGUCCAAGCGUUCCCGGCGAUCUUCUGCCUGGGCUGAUGUGGGAGAUUUGGACGACUAUGAAUCUUCCGGCGAUGGCGAAGUGGUUCCUUCUGGUUGCGUCACAUUCUACGGUGGUGGUGAAGUACAUGUGCCUGCGGCUGCCGGUGACAGUGUCUCGGACUUCCCUUUUGGUGUGGUGCCUGUGGAUCUUGCUUCGGCUGUGGUGUACCCAGUGGUGUCACACUGGGCCUGGUCAGACGCUGGCUGGCUCAAAGCUGAAGCCUAUCAGGAUUUUGCUGGUUCCGGCGUCGUCCACCUCACAGGGGGCGUGGCAGCUCUCGUCGGGGCUGUAAUUCUUGGGCCCAGAAUUGGUCGCUUCGGACCCAACAGCAAGGGGAUAUGCGGCCACUCCGUCCCGCUGGCAGCUCUGGGAGGCUUCAUCCUGCUCUUCGGGUUCCUGGCCUUCAACGGAGGGUCCCAAGCGUCCAUCAGCCACGAGGGUGAUGCUGUAGCUGUUGCCAAGUCCGUGGUGAACACCGUGAUCUCUGGGUGUUCAGGAGGCAUCACUGUGCUCUUGGUCUACCGCUCCGGGAUGUGUUGUCGGCCCUCAACCUGGUCCUUCCUUAUGGCUCUUAAUGGUUCUCUCACUGGGAUGGUGAGCACCCCUCUGGCCGUUGUCACUUGUUUACAACCCAAGCGCUGAUAGUGACGUCUAAAGUCUUUAUCACACUCAGCACUAGGAGAAUUUCGACCAAAAUGUUAAAAACAUUUUGCAUAAUUGGAAUGAAUACAUAGUUAUUAUAGGAAUUAUUAUUAUGUAAUUAGUAUUGGUCGCUUAUAAUUUAUACUCAUUCUUAAUGCAUAUUUUGUAUGAGGGAAGUCAAACUAUGCAACACUACAUGUAUGUGAGUCAAAACAAUCAUUUCACCAAUGGUAAAAGGAGAAAUGCUUGGAGUGACUCUGUACACAUGCGGCUCAGGCUUA